UGUCUUCUUAACUCGAAUACAUUAGUUCACACUCAGGAAUAAAUUCCAUAACAUAUUCAUAAACGUUUCUGAGGAAGACAUUUCUUUUGAAGUAGACGGGGCGUAAAUGAGCGAGCCAACGAACAAAGGAAAAGUAAGGCCGAAGCUUCUUGCGGUUCAAUGCUAUUUAUAAACUUUUAAAACAAUUAAAAUUUAAAACUAAACCGAAUACCACGCCGCUUUGGCAGUGAUACGCUUUACAUAACUAUUUAUUUUUAGCCCCAUUAGCAACGUAACUUAAGGUUAGCCGCGACUUAGCUUGCGAGCUAACUGCUAACUUUAGUACAGUUUGGAUUUGAAUAAAGUUUCCUUUAGCGACUUAAAAAUGGCCGAAGUGUACAUUCGUGUGGCGGAGGAGGAAAACGAGGAGCCCAUGGAGAUCCCGUCCGAGGACGACGGUACCGUUCUUCUGUCCACGGUGUCGGCUCAGUUUCCAGGCGCGUGCGGCCUGCGCUUCAGGAGCCCCGUGUCACAGUGCAUGAGGGGCGUGCGUCUGGUGGAGGGGGUGCUGCACGCGCCCGAGACCGGAUGGGGCAACAUGGUCUUUGUGGUCAACUACCCAAAAGACAACAAGAGGAAGAUGGAUGAAAUUGACGCUUCCUCUGCUGUGAAAAUGAAGAGAGGAGAUAUGAAGACAUCUGAUCUAAUCGUACUGGGUCUUCCUUGGAAAACUUCAGAGCAGGACUUGAAAGACUAUUUUGGCACCUUUGGAGAGGUAAUCAUGGUUCAGGUAAAACGAGAUGCCAAGACUGGAAAUUCAAAGGGAUUCGGGUUUGUGAGGUUCAGAGAGUACGAGGCUCAAGAUAAGGUGGUCUCCCAGCGCCAUAUGAUUGACGGAAGAUGGUGUGACUGCAAGCUGCCUAACUCGAAGGUGAAUAUGCAAAGUCCAGACGAGCCACUGAGGAGCCGCAAAGUGUUUGUAGGUCGUUGUACAGAAGAUAUGACCACUGAUGACCUACGGCAGUUUUUUGUGCAGUAUGGUGAAGUCACAGAUGUCUUCAUUCCAAAGCCUUUCCGUGCUUUUGCUUUUGUCACAUUUGCUGAUGAUCAGGUUGCCCAGUCUCUCUGUGGCGAGGACCUGAUUGUCAAAGGAGUCAGUGUUCAUAUCUCUAAUGCUGAGCCUAAACAUGGGAGCAGACAAUAUGACCGUGCAGCUAGUCUGAACCCCGCUAUGAUGGCUGCUGCUCAAGCUGCUCUGCAGAGUAGUUGGGGGAUGAUGGGUAUGUUAGCUAGUCAGCAGCAAACAUCCACCUCAGGCAGCACUUCUACUGGAACAAGUUCUAGCAGGGAUCAGAGUCAGUCCUUCACUACAGGCAGCAGUAACUAUGGCACCAACUCAGCCAGUCUUGGCUGGGGAGCAGGAGCAAAUUCUGCAGCUGGUGGUAGUGGGUUUAGUUCAGGGUUUGGUUCUAGUAUGGAGUCGAAGUCAUCUGGGUGGGGUAUGUAAAUGAAAGGUUUUGUGUGGUAAGUAUUUUGAGAAAGGAUUCUUUUCCAAAAGUAUCUGACUACACCUUUGUGGAACAUGUUUUGUACAUGAAAAAUGUGCUAGAGCUAAUUUAGAAAAUGUUAGUGGAUUGUUUGAAAGAAUGUGAGUAAAGUGCUAUUUUUCCUCAUUUGAUGUAUUAAAUUCAACUGGAUUCUCUAAUGCAUAAAUUUUGGUACUUUUACCUUUAUUCUGUUUUAUCACAUAAUUAAAUAUCUUGCAUUGGGAAAGAAUCCGGUUGAAAGAAAUGUUUUAAGUGCAGGUUUAUUUGCAAUCAGGUUGUGUAGAAAAGCCUUCACUGAAAUCUCUUCUGCAGUUCACCUCUCUUCCAUUUUCCUGUGAGGAAGCUCCUCUUUGGCAGCAUACUUGGUGUGAUAUCGGUAUCAUUCUCCCACUUCCCACCUGUAAAUGCUAUGCCAUCAAACGGCGGCUUCACUUCGCAUGUUCUAAGAGACGGUGGGUGUUUUCACUUUUAUCCACUAUUUUGAAAGAAUGGAAAGAACUGCGCAACUGACAUUUUAAGAACUGAUGAGUGAGAUUGAGGGUGGCUUGUGGCGAAGAAUGACGCAAUGAGUGAGCGAGCGGAGAUACGCGUGAAGCGGACUGGUUGUGCGGUGAAAGAGCCCAAGUUGACUGCUUUCUGAGUGUGUGAGUGGAAGCUGCAGAUGCUACGAGCGCCUCCCCUAACAUGGACAUUCUUUAAUACUUCAAGAAAUGCCUGUUAAAAAAAAACAAACAAAAAACCUUUGAAACUUUUUCCCUGCUCUUAUGUGUGUUGAUUAAGUGCGGAAUUCUCCUACUGUUGUGGAAUGUGAUGAAUAUUUGUAUUUCUUGUUAUCUGAUUUGGAUGCUGUAUGGUGUGCUUACAUGUUACUGAUCUGAUCUGUAAGUGUGAACUUGAUGUGGAUGACACCUGCUGAAGACGCUGGCGAACGGACCUUGGGCUCUGCUGGUCGAGGUCUCCAUUUGAAUCCUGACUGAAGUCGGUUCUGAAGGAUGACGACGGAAGUUCCAACACUUUGAUUGUGUGGCCUUCUCAGACAUGACAUGGGGGUACUACCUGUCUUUUUGAUGGUUUUCAUGUCUUGUCAGAGUCAAUUAUCCCUUAUGAUUCACAAC